AUGCACAUUGGAGUUUUGCGUUUGCAACGCAUACGCCACAGUGUUAAAUGUGUUGCUUUUUUAUUUCUCUCCUAUACAGGCAAGAUGGUCCCCGUGCUGGAACAUGCAGUGCUGCACGCCUCAACUCUAACUAUUCUAGUCAUUUCAUGUGAGCGCUAUCAUGCAAUUUGUCGGCCACUCAAGUCGUUUCUUCUCUGCAGCAGACCGCGUCCAUUUCUGAUCAUGCUUGUGCUCUGGAGUUUAGCAACUGCGACAGCACUUCCUUUCCUGGUCAUGACACAGCUGCAAGAUCAGAUAUUUUACGACAACACACCGUGUCAGGUCUGCAGCACAGUCAUCAACCAGUUGUGGCAUUAUGUGUAUAUCGGAUUCAUCUUCGGCGUCUUCUUUCUGUUGCCGAUGUUAAUGCUAAUGGUUAUGUAUGGGAACAUAAUUAAACAAAUGUACUAUCAUACAGAUCCCAGCAGCCAUGUCCGUGGAGAGACUGAGUCCUCAGGGGGCAGUAUGAGGUCCCGUCGGCAGGUUAUUCGCAUGCUUCUGGCUAUUAUUAUUUUAUUUUUCGUCGCAUUAGCUCCUAUACGAAUCACUAUUAUUUGGCAGAUAUACAGCCCCCCAGAAGAGAAAAUAAAACUUGGAAUUGAAACCUACUACAACCUGUUGUGGAUUGGGCGGAUGCUCAUGUAUAUUAAUUCUGCGGGAAAUCCCAUUAUUUAUUCACUGCUCUCCUCUAAUUUUAAGAAAGCAUUCACUCUUUUACUGCAAGGUCGAAUCAGUAGAGCCGGAUCAACAGUUGGUUACACUGGCUCUUUACGGACCACGUCUGUUUCGGUGGCCCUGAAACGAAUGUCUUUGCCUGCCAUUGGUAAUUAUUCAGCCCAGGACAGCAAAAGACAAAUCCGUGAGUCUCCAUCCCCUUCAGUUACCUUUCUGAGCAACAGAUACUCAAUUUCUGCAACCUAA